UGACAAGUCCAUUGGCCGACGUAUUUGGUAUUGACCCCAAAGUCUACUCACAUGCACCUGUUUCUUGAUCAAUAAUUGGUAUUGACCCCAAAGUCUUCUCACUUUCACAUAUUUCUUGAUCAAACUAUCUUUCAUUUAGAUAACGGUGAGAUUAGAUUGUCUGUAAGAAUUUACUUGAAGGAGUAGGAGAAGGCAAUAGACAAGAAAAAUCGUCUCUCAUCAUCAACAAUAUUCAGCUUCUUCUUCGUAUUGUUUGCUGAUGGAAAACACGAGUCAACUGGUCUUAUGAUCUGUUGGUCUUUAGGAGAAAAAGGAGAGCAGUUAUUGAUUUCGAUUCUUAGUGAUUGAGGAAGACACGAUCUUGUAACUGUCUGAUAUGGCAUCUUCAUCUGCUGUUGCUCAUAAAUGGAAGUAUGAUGUGUUCCUUAGUUUUAGAGGCAAGGAUACGCGCAAUAAUUUUACCAGCCAUCUCUAUGAUGCUUUGUGUCGUAAGAAAAUCAAGACCUUCAUUGAUGAUAGGCUUGAAAGAGGAGGAGAAAUUACCCCUGCCCUUCUAAAAACGAUUGAAGAAUCUAGAAUUUCUGUAGUAAUAUUCUCCAAGAACUAUGCAUCUUCUCCGUGGUGUGUGGAUGAACUGGUGAAAAUACUUGAAUGCAAAGAGACUUAUGGGCAGAUUGUUUUACCGGUCUUCUAUCAUGUGAACCCAUCUGAUGUUGAUGAACAGACUGGGAGUUUUGGAAAUGCAUUUGCCGAGCUUGAAAAAAAUUUCAAGGGGAAGAUGGACAAGGUGCCAAGGUGGAGGGCUGACUUGACAAAUGCAGCCAGUAUAUCUGGAUGGGAUUCACAGGUUACUAGUCCGGAGUCCAAACUAGUAACAGAUGUUGUGCAAACUAUCUGGAAAAGGUUAAAUCGUGCAUCCCCAAGCAAAUUAAGAGGUCUGGUUGGAGCAGAUUCACGCAUUGAGCAAAUCAACAAAUUACUAUCUAUUGUGCCAUCUGAUGUCCGCACAAUAGGAAUUUGGGGCAUGGGUGGUAUAGGCAAGACAACCAUCGCUGGAGCUUUCUACGAUAGCUUCUCAAGUCAAUAUGAAGGCCACCACUUUCUUCCGAACAUAAGGCAGGAAUCAGAAAAGGGUCGAUUAAAUGAUCUACGAGAUGAACUUCUUUCUAAACUACUGGAGGAAGAAAAUCUUCGUGUUGGCACACCACAUAUACCUACUUUCAUCAGGGAUAGACUCUGCCAAAAGAAAGUUCUCCUUGUUUUGGAUGAUGUGAAUGAUGUACGACAAUUCCAGCAUUUAAAUGAAGUGCCUUUGAUUGGUGCAGGAAGUGUUGUUGUUGUAACAUCAAGAGACAAGCAAGUACUUAAGAAUGUAGUUGAUGAAAUAUACGAGGUUGGGGAAUUAAACUCCCACGAAGCUCUUCAACUCUUUAGCUUGAAUGCUUUUAAGGGAAACCACCCCCCAAAAGCUUAUAUGGAGUUGUCAAUCACGGCAAUAAAUUAUGCCAAAGGGAACCCAUUAGCUCUUCGAGUUUUGGGUUCCUUCUUAUUCAACAGAGAAAGACAUUUUUGGGAAUCUCAAUUAAAUGAGAUCGAAAGCUUUCCCGAGCUGAACAUUUGUGACUUGCUGAGAAUAGGUUUUGAUGCACUACGUGAUAAUAACACGAAGAGUAUAUUUCUCGACAUUGCAUGUUUCUUUAGAGGGCAUCGAGUUGAUUUUGUAAAGCGGAUACUAGAUGGCUGCGGUUUCAAAACAGAUAUUGGAUUUAGUGUUCUCAUUGACAGGUGUCUCAUUAAAAUUUCAGAUGACAAGGUUGAAAUGCAUGAUCUUUUGCAAGAAAUGGCCCAUGAAGUUGUUCGAAAAGAAUCUGCUUACGAGCUACGAAAACAAAGCAGAUUAUGGAAUCCAAAAGAUGCAUAUCAAGUGUUGACCAAUAAUCUGGGAACUGGAAAAGUUGAAGGGAUAUUCUUGGAUGUUUCAAAAAUAAGAACUGAAAAAGUUGAAGGGAUGUUCUUGGAUGUUUCAGAAAUAAGAGAAAUAGAGUUGAGUUCUACAGCCUUCGCAAGGAUGUAUAAUCUUAGACUGCUAAAAAUUUAUAAUUCUGCAGCUGGAGAUAAAUGCACAGUGCACCUUCCUAGUGGCCUCGAGUCUCUUUCUCAUGAGUUGAGGUAUCUCCAUUGGGAUGGAUACCCUUUGACAUCUUUGCCUUGCAAUUUUCGUCCACAGAACCUUGUUGAACUUAACCUAUCAUCUAGCAAGGUCAAGCAACUGUGGAGAGGAGACCAGAAUCUCGGCAAUUUAAAAGAUGUCAACCUCAGCAAUUGUGAGCACAUAACUUUCCUGCCAGACCUUUCAAAGGCCAGAAACCUUGAGAGAUUGAAUCUUCAAUUCUGUAAAAGUUUGGUUAAGUUUCCUUCAUCUAUUCAACAUCUAGACAAGCUUGUUGAUUUAGAUUUGAGAGGCUGCAAAAGACUAAUCAAUCUUCCCAGUAGAAUUAAUUCAAGUUGUCUGGAGACUCUGAACCUUUCUGGUUGUGCAAAUCUCAAGAAGUGCCCAGAGACUGCAGGGAAAUUGACAUAUUUAAAUUUAAAUGAGACUGCUGUUGAAGAGCUUCCCCAAUCAAUUGGGGAACUCAGUGGACUUGUUACGUUGAAUUUGAAGAACUGCAAGCUCGUGUUGAAUCUUCCAGAAAACAUAUAUUUGUUGAAAUCUCUUCUAAUCGUCGACAUCUCUGGCUGCUCAUCUAUCAGCAGGUUUCCUGACUUUUCAUGGAAUAUUAGAUACUUGUACUUGAAUGGAACUGCAAUAGAAGAACUGCCAUCUUCAAUUGGUGGUCUAAGGGAACUCAUUUAUUUAGAUCUAGUUGGCUGCAACAGGCUAAAGAAUCUGCCGAGUGCGGUUUCUAAGUUGGGAUGCCUUGAAAAACUUGAUCUUUCCGGUUGCUCUAGUAUCACGGAGUUUCCAAAGGUUUCAAGAAAUAUAAGGGAGCUGUAUUUAGAUGGGACAGCAAUAAGAGAGAUUCCCUCUUCAAUUGAAUGUUUGUGUGAGCUUAAUGAAUUGCACCUGCGAAACUGCAAACAAUUUGAGAUUCUUCCAAGCAGCAUCUGUAAGUUGAAAAAGCUGCGAAGGCUUAAUCUCUCAGGUUGCCUCCAAUUUAGGGAUUUUCCGGAAGUUUUGGAGCCGAUGGUAUGUUUGAGAUAUCUCUAUUUAGAACAGACACGCAUAACAAAGUUGCCUUCACCGAUUGGAAAUCUGAAGGGACUUGCCUGUUUGGAAGUGGGAAACUGCAAAUAUCUAGAAGACAUCCAUUGUUUUGUUGGCUUGCAAUUAUCUAAAAGACAUCGCGUGGAUCUAGAUUGUUUGCGUAAGCUAAAUCUAGAUGGUUGCAGUCUAUCGGAAGUGCCGGACAGUCUUGGUCUUUUAUCGUCACUGGAAGUGUUAGAUCUAAGUGGAAACAAUUUGAGGACUAUACCUAUAAGCAUCAAUAAACUCUUUGAGUUGCAAUAUCUAGGAUUAAGGAAUUGCAAGAGACUUCAAUCAUUACCGGAGCUUCCACCACGGCUAUCAAAGUUGGAUGUAGACAAUUGCCAGAGUUUGAAUUAUCUAGUAUCAAGGUCAUCAACUGUAGUGGAGGGGAACAUUUUUGAAUUCAUUUUCACUAAUUGCUUGAGGUUGCCUGUGGUCAAUCAAAUCUUGGAGUACUCAUUAUUGAAAUUUCAACUUUAUACCAAAAGGUUAUACCAUCAGCUGCCCGAUGUUCCAGAAGGGGCAUGUAGUUUCUGCCUCCCUGGAGAUGUGACUCCGGAGUGGUUUAGCCAUCAAAGUUGGGGAUCUAUAGCAACAUUCCAGCUAUCUUCACAUUGGGUUAAUAGUGAGUUCUUGGGUUUCUCUCUUUGCGCUGUCAUUGCAUUCCGUUCUAUUAGCCAUAGUUUGCAAGUUAAAUGCACCUAUCACUUUCGUAAUGAGCACGGUGAUAGCCAUGAUCGCUAUUGCUAUCUCUAUGGUUGGUAUGAUGAGAAGCGCAUGGACUCAGCACACAUAUUUGUGGGAUUUGAUCCCUGUUUGAUGGCCAAAAAAGAUUAUAUGUUUAGUGAAUACAGUGAGGUCUCAGUUGAAUUCCAACUAGAAGAUAUAAACGGAAAUAUCUUACCAUUAGAUCUUUGUCAAGUACACGAGUGUGGGGUCCGUCUACUGUAUGAAGAUGAGAAACAUCGCUUUGAUUUGAUCAUGCCAGGCUACUAUCGUUUUUAUCCUCUGGAUCGUGAUGGAUUGGAAGCAAUGUUCCAAGCCAAGAGAGCCAGGUUCCAAGGCAUAAGAUGGGAGGAUUACUCUGUCAUGUGUAGGACCUAUGAAUUCUUGGUGGACCAUCAGGAGGAGCUCGAUGUUCCAGCAUGGGCAUGUAGUUUCUGCCUCCCUGGAGAUGUGACUCCGGAGUGGUUUAGCCAUCAAAGUUGGGGAUCUACAGUAACAUUCCUGUUAUCUUCACAUUGGGCUAAUAGCAAGUUCUUGGGUUUCUCUCUUUGUGUUGUCAUUGCAUUCCGUUCUGUCAGCCAUAGUUUGCAAGUUAAAUGCACGUAUCACUUCCGCAAUAAGCACGGUGAUAGCCAUGAUCUCUAUUGCUAUCUCCAUGGUUGGUAUGAUGAGAAGCGCAUCCACUCAGCACACAUAUUCAUAGGAUUUGAUCCCUGUUUGGUUGCCAAAGAAGAUUAUAUGUUUAGUGAAUACAGUGAGGUCUCAAUUGAAUUCCAAGUGGAAGAUAUGAACGGAAAUCUUUUACCAAUAGAUCUUUGUCAAGUACACGAGUGUGGGGUCCGAGUACUGUAUGAAGAUGAGAAACAUCGCUUUGAUUUGAUCAUGUCAGGCUACUUUCGGAUUUAUCCUCUGGAUCGUGAUGGAUUGGAAGCAAUGUUCCAAGCUAAGAGAGCAAGGUUCCAAGGCAUGAGAUGGGAGGAUUAUUCUGUCAUGCGUAGGACCUAUGAAUUCUUGGCGGACCAUCAGGAGGAGCCCGAUGUUCCAACAGGGGCAUGUAGUUUCUGCCUCCCUGGAGAUGUGACUCCGGAGUGGUUUAGCCAUCAAAGUUGGGGAUCUACAGUAACAUUUCAGAUAUCUUCACAUUGGGCUAAUAGCAAGUUCUUGGGUUUCUCUCUUUGUGCUGUCAUUGCAUUCUGUUUUGUCAGCCAUAGGUUGCAAGUUAAAUGCACAUAUCGCUUCCGCAAUAAGCACGGUGAUAGCCAUGAUCUCUAUUGCUAUCUCCAUGGUUGGUAUGAUGAGAAGCGCAUCGACUCAGCACACAUAUUCGUGGGAUUUGAUCCAUGUUUGGUUUCCAAGGAAGAUUAUAUGUUUAGUGAAUACAAUGAGGUCUCAGUUGAAUUCCAACCGGAAGAUAUGAACGGAAAUCUCUUGCCAUUAGAGCUUUGUCAAGUACAUGAGUGUGGGGUCCGUGUAUUGUAUGAAGGUGAGAAACAUCGCUUUGAUUUGAUCAUACCGGGCUACUUUCGUUUUUAUCCUCUGGAUCGUAAUGGAUUGGAAGCAAUGUUCCAAGCCAAGAGAGCAAGGUUCCAAGGCAUGAGAUGGGAGGAUUAUUCUGUCAUGUGUAGGACCUAUAAAUUCUUGGCGGACUGUCAGGAGGAGCCUGAUGUUCUAGCAAGGGCAUGUAGUUUCUGCCUCCCUGGAGAUGUGACUCCGGAGUGGUUUAGCCAUCAAAGUUGGGGAUCUACAGUAACAUUCCAGAUAUCUUCAGAUUGGGCUAACAGCGAGUUCUUGGGUUUCUCUCUUUGUGCUGUCAUUGCAUUCUGUUCUGUUAGCCAUAGAUUGCAAGUUAAAUGCGCGUAUCACUUCCGCAAUAAGCACGGUGAUAGCCAUGAUCUCUAUUGCUAUCUCCAUGGUUGGUAUGAUGAAAGGCGCAUCGACUCGAAUCAUAUAUUUGUGGGAUUUGAUCCCUGUUUGGUUGCCAAAGAAAAGAAUAUGUUUAGUAAAUACAGUGAGGUCUCAAUUAAAUUCUACCUGGUAGAUAUGAACGACAAUCUCUUACCAUUAGAUUGUUGUCAAGUGGUUGAGUGUGGGGUCCGUGUACUGCAUGCCCACGAUGGAUUGGAAGCAAUGUUCCAAGCCAAGAUAGCAAGGAUGCUAGACAUGAGACGGGAGGAUUAUUUUGGCUAUUGUAUAUUAUGGUAG